CUUUCCCUUCCACUGCCACCCCAUCGGCCCAUCCCCCCCUCCCCUCUCUCACACCACCGCGUGAUCCCGCGCUGCGCAUGGCGGGCGGAAGCGGCGAGGCGGCAAUGUCGCCGCCGUCCUCCGGGGGUAGCGGCAGCGGCGGAGGGAAGCGCGGCCGGGACCCGGAGGAGGAUGUGUACGUCGACAACCUCCACUCCCACAAGCGGUACCUCAGCGAGAUAAUGGCGUCCAGCCUGAAUGGAUUGUCUGUUGGAGAUUCACUGCCUGACAACAUCAUGGAGUCCCCUGUGAGGUCAGAGACUGCUUCGAGCUUCAGGGAUGAGAUACUAUCCCAAUACUCACCAAUGUCAGAAGACUCAGAUGACUACAGGUGCUAUGACACUCAAUUAAACCCCAGUGCUAAUGCGAUGAUCAGCCCUUCAACUAGUCCAAUGUCAUCUCCUCUCCGACACCAGAAACCACAAUCUCCUUUGUUACCUUCAAACCCCUACCCUCUCCCAAGCUGCUCCCUCUCAUCAGUGGUCUGCUCACAUGCUCGUCGUGGCUCCGACAAUGAAGGCCGGUUCCCAUCCUCACCAAAUGACAUGUGCCAUGGGGCAGAUCUGAGGCGAACAGCACUGCUGAGGUCAGUGCAAAUGAGGGUGCAAGGACCCCCUGCGUAUGACCUGCCAUUCGGCAUCAGACAAGAACAAGAACAUGUUCACGAGCAUGAAGAUGGACAUGGGCAUGAGCAUCUAGAGGGUUUGGAACGGGUGGAAAGAUCAUCCUCUUGCAGUAAGUCAAUCGAUGAUGAAGUUGGGUACCAAAGGCCAGAUCAUGAUUUUGGGCGACCGGAGCAUGAUAUAGUUUACAUCGACAGCUGCGCAUCAGAUGAUUGUCCAAGUGACCCAAAGUUUAAGCAAGAAGACAAGAGCCAUUGUAAAUUUGAUACCAGUAUGGAUAAGAAUAGAUAGCACAGAGAAUAUAUUGUGCCAUUUCUCAUGUUAAUUUUUGAGGAUUAUAACUCUGCUUAAUUUUGUUGCUGUUUUGAUGGUCUUUAUCUACUGUUGUCUCUGGUUUUGAGCAUCAGCGUGCCGAAUACUGAUAUUGUAGUAUUUGAGUGAAAUGAACCAUUGGAGUGUUGCAACGUCGUCGUCAAAAUUGUUUAAACCUGGGUGCAUUAGCCCCCGGCGUUGUUCAGGAUACUGUCCAGAAGGCAGGAAUUUCGCUCUCAUAGGGAAUAGUUCAAUUAUUGCAGGAACUAAUGUAAAAGGAAUUCUUUGUUUCGAAUGGGCAAUGAAGUUUGCAGUAUUGUGACCA